GAUUCAGGCGGACAUCACGAAGAACAGCCUUUUCCUCAACGACACACGAGGGGUACAGCAGCAACAUGUCUGACGAGGGAAAAUUGUUCGUCGGCGGACUUAGCUUCGACACAACGGAGCAGUCCCUUGAAGACGCUUUUUCUAAGUACGGGGCCAUCUCAAACGUCCACGUUGCCAGACAUCGGGACUCCCAGCAACCGCGUGGGUUUGGUUUCGUCACAUUCGACAAUCCAGAAGAUGCGAAAGACGCCUUGGCGGGAAUGAAUGGAGAGUCUGUCGACGGAAGAACGAUCCGCGUGGACAGGGCCGGAAAGCCUGGCGGUGGUGGUGGCGGAGGCGGCGGCUACAGAGGCGGCGGAGGCGGUGGAUACGGAGGUGGCGGCGGAUACGGAGGUGGCGGCGGAUACCGCGGUGGUCGUGGCAGAGGAGGUGGAGGAGGAUACGGAGGUGGCGGUGGAUAUGGAGGCGGCAGUGGUUCAUACGGCGGCGGCGGCGGAGGCUGGUGAUCGUGGAUAAUGCUGACCAAAAACAACUGGGCACAUCUUACUGCAUCGCAGCGCAACCUUUAAAGGAGGAUGCAGUAAGCAGAACGCUGACCAACCUCUUCUUGGACUGUAAUACACUUAACUCUGCCUAAGAGUCCCCGGAUAGAUAAAAUACACCCUGUAAAUGAGCUGCGUAUGUCUACAACGUAAAUGAGAUGCGUGUGUCUGCAAACGUUCCUCAGGGAUCAAAUUUUCCGUGAACAGGAAAUGAGCCCUGGCCUAACUGUUAUAUAAUGCAAUGUGAUGUUGGAAAUGGAUCAAAAUAAAGACUAAAAUUUAA